AUGAAACUAAAUAAAAGCGUCCGUGAAAAAUUAAGUGAACCAGCAUAUUGGAUUUUGGUUUCGAAAACCAUCACUGCUUGCAUACUUAAAAUAUUUGGCACAAACAAAAGAUUCACUCCAGAAGGACAACAUUUAAAGUCAGAUGAAAAAAAAUCUGAGGAAGUACAAGAUUUCCGGGAAGACAAUAAUUUGAGCCAAAAAAUCAAUAUAAUAGAUAAAAAACGAAAAUUAGUUGAGGCCGAAGGCAUUGUGAACUUUUUGAAAACGGGAAAUGAACAACUAGAAAGAAAAAGUGAAGAUGAUGAAAAUGAUUUUGAAGCAACCACAUCAGACACCAAUUUUGAAUCAAUGCCUAAUUAUGAGAUUGAUAUUGACUGUAAUGAGAUUAUGAAUAUUAGUGAUAUAGAAUUACAUACUACAUUAUCACCCAUUCAAAAAUAUCCUGAUGAUAAAAGUCCAAGUGAUAUCUGGAUAUUACCUUCUGGUAAAUCUGUUCAAGAUAUUAUACGUGGACCAAAGGAUUUACAUAAAUCACA